CCUUCACUCAUUUCAAUCUGAAAUUUUUCAGCCGCCCCUCUUCCCUCCCUUUCCAUACCCUCUACAACCCCAUCAGCCGAACCACUAUCAGCCGCCUCAUCAUCAUCCUUGUCUCCCAACCCCAGGCCGAACCACCAUCAUCCUUCUCCCAACCUCAGGCCGAACCACCAUCAGCGAAAACCUCCAAGACCCAAGACCCAAGCCGAACCACCAUCAGUGAACCUCCGACCUAUCUGACACAACCCCAAGACCCAGGCCGAACCUCCGACCUUGCUUGCUCCCUCGUGGCUCGGACUCCCUCUCGGCUCUCUCUCCAGACGGUCGGCCACAACACAGAACCUCUGUUUGAUUGUAGAAGAACCUCUGUGUUUGAUUGUAGAAGAAAGCAAGAGAAGGAAGCGUUUUGAGGGUUCGGUGCAAGAAUAGCCUAUACAAAAAUAACAAAUUGAAGGAGUAUCUCUUGGAAAUUCGGUCACUGGGGUAUAAUAUAAUUUUGUGGCAUCAAAGAUGUCAGCAGAUGUGGCUAGAGCUCACGGUGGAGACGCUGGCGGUGAUCCUCCACCGGAUCCUACUAGGAUCCCGACUGCAUGCGACUCAGGAAUCCCAAUUAAGAGAAAGGGUCGUGGCGCAGCUAUUGGAAAAGAUCUAGAGGAGAGGCGGCGUAAAAAUGGAAAACCACUGGAAGUAACGUUUUGCCCACGAACGUACAAGGUUGUUGGAAUCGAGCACGCUGCUUUUGUCCGCCUUGUGGGAACCCAAAUUAAAACGAAAGUUCCCGGACAUUACGGUUCAUGGGAAUUAGUGCCUCAACAAUACAAGGAUCAGGUCCUUGCCAUAAUUCAGUACUAUUAUCAAAUAACGGGCCGCGAGGAUUUCUUAAAGUGUUUAAAUGGUAUUGAUCGAGAGAUGAAAGGCCGAUACCGCAAUAGGAAAACACUAAGACACGAACACUUUGAGAAAUACUACAAUGGACCGGAGGAUUGGGAUAAGGUUCUAAACAACCCAACCAAUGAUGUUAACAAGGAGGAGUGGAAGCAGAUUUGUCAGUUAUUUACAAGUCCACAAUUUAUUGCGCGCUCCAUAAAGAAUAAGGAAAAUCGGAAGAAACAAAAGUAUUCUACAACACAGGGUACAAAAUCGCUGGCAGCCGUCCGUUUUGAAAAAACGAACCCGGACCUCAUUGAGUCAUGGAAGGAUUAUCAUUGGAAGAAAUCAAAAAAUGAUUUCGUGAACGAUGAUGCUCGCCAAGAUUAUGAAAAACUGAAGGUUAAUUUUGAGUUACGAACUCAGCAAACAUCCACUGAUGCUUCUAAUAAUGAUAGUCCGUCAUCAGUUGAUCAGGAGGAGGUGCUACAAAAAGUAUUAGGCCAAAGGCGUGGACAUGAGCGAGGAGUGGGCCGCAAAUUGAAGGGGUCGGGGUCGGGGUCGGGGUCGAGGUCAUCAUCUACCCAACACUCUCACUUCAGCGAGUCUCAAGUUCCUCCUCAUCAUUCAAGAGAAUAUAUAGAAAAUCUGGAGAAUAAUUUACAGAAAUUGACUGAUCAAGUUAAUUUCUUAACUCAAUAUUUUGUACCUCCAUUUCGUCCACCAAAUGUUCAGAUGCCGCAUGUGCCUGAUAGUGACAAUACUUCUAGGGCUUCGUCUUCUCAACCUCCAGCUCCAACUCAUCCUUCUAUGUACGGGACAGCGCCGUCUUAUCAUAUGGUACCUCCAUAUAUGUACGAAACAACACCUUAUCCGUGUCCGAUUCCACCGUCCUCCCAGCCAUCGUAUCCCUACAUGUAUGGAGCUGGAUCGUCCACAUUACCUCCCCAAUAUCCUUGGCCGAUGCCGCCACCGCCACCGCAGCAAUCACAACCACAACAAGAAGACAAUAGGGAGGAGGACGAGGCAACUGACUUAGGAGACUAAGUUUAUAUUUUUAUUAAUUAUUGUUUAAUUUUAUAAAUAUUUGUUAUGUUAAUGUAUUAUGAAUAUUUAUAAUUGUUAUUUUAAUAUACUAAUUUGAAUAUUUAUUAUAA